GUUUCCCGGCACAAUACUGAUUCUGGAAUAGCAUGGAAGAAGAUCAGCUUCGACAGCAACCUCAAGGAUCCAUUUCAUUUCCAAUUCAAGGUAUGGAGUCCGUGGUGGCUACAGUGAGUGGUUACCAUGGAACAGAGCGAUUCAACCUUAUUAAGUUGAUUACAAAUGCUGGUGCGAAUUAUGUUGGCGCAAUGUCAAAAUCAAUCACGCACCUGAUUUGUUGGCGAUUUGAAGGAAAGAAAUAUAAUCUUGCUCGGAAAUUCAGAAUAGUUAUAAUAAAUCACCAGUGGAUUGAAGACUGCUUAAAGCAAGGAAGGCGUGUUCCAGAGGAACCUUAUAGAUCGAAAAGUGGAGAAGAAGUGGGGCUAAUAUUGCUGCAAGUUCCACUUAUUGUCGAGGCAAGUAGCUUGACUAAGAAUAAAGUGCUUGAUCAUGGGUCAGAUGACAUUGGCUCCAAAAAUCAAACGACUGAUAUCAGUUCUGGAUCUUCUGGAAAUUCUGUCCGGGAAGUUUCUUAUUUAAUGAACAAGCAGGAGCCAACAACUUUUUCUUCCAGACAGUCAAUGACAGCAAAAAGAAAGAUCUCCAAUUGUAAUGGGGUGGCUACUAAUGCUGGUCCUUCUCGCCACAGAAGAAGGCUUGUGAAAAAGAAUAUUCGAGGAUUGUCAGCUCCCAUACAUGAUUUGAGCUCUGAGGAGUACCUUAGCAGAACGGAUACAUUAAAUACCGAUGCUGCAGCCUCCUCUAGCCUUUCUGGUGGCGUCUCUUCUGAUAUUAUUUUAGAAGGCAGAGAAGGAUCAGAUAUUGUGUCAAAUAAUCAGAACAUAGCUAUCAAUGGAGCAUCAAAUGCCACUGGACAAAUCAAUGAUUCAAAUGAUUUAUCAAGUUCAAGAAUUUCAACUCUAUGCGUACAAGAUGCCUUGCUUACUACAGAGAAAACAUCAGUAGAUGAUGGUUUUGAAAAAUUCACAGAUGGUAUCCAGAAUGGUAAUGAGGCUAAUUUACCUAUUUCAACAGAGUUGUCAUGUGUCAUAUGUUUGACGGAAUUCAGCUCAACACGGGGGGUUUUGCCAUGUGGACAUAGGUUUUGUUAUUCUUGUAUUCAGAGUUGGGUUGAUCACAGGACUGCAAUGGGAAAAAUCUCAACAUGUCCCUUGUGCAAGUCAAGGUUUGAGAGCAUCAUUAAAUAUGAGGAUGCAGCCCGGGAUCAAAAGAUAUAUUCCCAAACAAUCCCAUGCGGCGUUCCAAUCUCGGAUAUUAUUUUUCUUAUGGAUCGAGAACAACCGUAUUAUGGUUUUGAGUCUUCACAGACAGGUGCUUGUGUUGCUUGCCGGGGGCGAGAACCUGAGGAUCUGCUCAUGCGUUGCCAUCUUUGCCAUAUUCGACAAAUCCAUUCUUACUGCCUGGACCCUCCUUUAUUGCCAUGGACAUGCAAUCACUGUUUCAUGAUCCCACUUGGGUGGUUUCUUCUGAAUCAACAUUGUCAAAGAGGAUGGAUCUUGCUCGCUUUAUUCUCUUUGUUUGCUGCCUUUAUGCAAUUUUUAUGAUUUUUGUUUUUCAGCAUUUGGGUUCUUUUUUAUCAAUGAUCCACAUAAAAAAAAUUAGAAAAAGAGAAGAAAGAGAGGAACUAGAACACUGUAUGAUUCUCUUUGGUCUGUUUUGUUUUCUUCCAUUGGCGGGCUAAAAGAUUGUAGGGGGUUUUCAGUCGUUAAGUCACUUUCAAGGGAUUCUUCCUUAGAUUUUAUUUUCAUAAUCAUGACUCUAUGACAAGUUUACCAAUAUGUUCUGAUAUUUGCAUGAUUAACUCUUGCAUCAUCAAUAAUCAUUAAUCUGUGAUUUAAUAGUAAUU